AUGGAGACACGCGAGGCUGCUGGAAUCGCGCGGCCUGGGGCGGUGCGCAAGAGGCGUGGAGCCUCGGACGGGCCUCUGAAGUUGACGUGCGAGUACUGUGGUCGAACCUUCAAGCGCUCCGAGCACAAGGAAAGGCAUGUUCGAACGCAUACCAAGGAGAAGCCAUUCGUGUGCCACUGCAGUGCCGCUUUCACUAGGCGAGACCUUCUAACACGUCACCAACGUAUUACAUCCCACUCGUCCCAAGACAACCGGUCGCAAGACUCGCGGGAUCAGGAUGCAGGGUCAGAACAGAGCGAUCAGCCCGUGGUCGAGGCCGACAUGGCUGCCGCCGUCUCUCUUUCAGACAUGAGCAUGAACCCUUGGAAUCACCAGCUCGCCAAUGGCCAUGCGCCAGACCUGCCCCAGCAGGUGCUAAGUCAGCCUUUCCAACAGCCUCUCCUCCCCCAGGAGUACUUUGAUCCAGGUCAAGCGAUCGCUGGGUAUGAUCAUUUCAGGGAUUUUGCCAAUUUUCUAGAUGGAGUUGGCCUUCCUCCGGAAUGGAGCCCUUACUUCUCAGCGCCCGAGCCCGAGGAAGAUCUUGUCGAUCCGCAGUUGCGAGAACCUGGAACGGACGCGGCCACUCCUAUCCCUCGUACUGGCCGCUCUGGCUCGCCGUUCAGCACCUGGCUACCGUCGGCACCCCAUGGAAGCAGGAUAGCUGAGGUCAAUUCGGACAACAGACCUCGAGGUGUAGACACGGAUUCGCAACCUUUCAGAGUUACCGAAGACCAGCACGCUCGUUUAGCCGUCUACUUGGACUCCUUUCGUGGUGUCGUGAACGAUGAAUUUGUCCUGCCAUCGCGCCAUGCCCUGACACGAUACAUUACCUCCUACUUUCAGGGCUUCCACUUGCACAUGCCCUUUAUUCAUCAACAGACCUGGCGCGUACUCGACUCACCCCUCGAGCUUGUGCUGGCUAUUGCAACAAUGGGAGCGCAGUAUAGCUUCGAACACCGCAAUUCCGAGAGGCUCUUCCAAGCUGGCAAGGCUGUUCUGCUAGAGAGACUGCUGCACGAGAGCGAGAAGUUCGGGCCCAAGACCAGCUCGUUCCUAAGUAUGCACAACUACUACCCACUCGGAGCCAGGGCGCUGUCAUCCUCCAGGCCGAAGAGAGAUUCAGGGCCAUGGGAACCAGUAGACACGGUCCGCGCGCUCAUCAUCUUGAUGGGCUACGCUACUUGGGAGCGCAAGGAAAAGUUUGUGGCAGAAGCCUUCUCACUUCAAAGUCUUCUGGUACAAGUCUUGCGUGAUGUCGGCCUUCUCGAAGGGUCAGAUCCAGAUAGCCCUAUGGAAUCCGCUUCGCCACAGACAGCCUGGUUAGCCUGGGUUCGCCAAGAGUCGGUUCGUCGAACCAAGCUGAUUGCAUUCACAUUUCUGCACACUCAUAGCGUGGCAUACAAUGUCUACCCCGUCCUCAGAAGCAAUGAGAUUCAUUUGAGAUUGCCUUGCUCAACUGGAGAGUGGAGAGCCUUGAAUGCCGUACAGUGGAAGGCGGCCAGGCGCGACCUGCGUAAGGAGCAGCUGAAUUUCCAGGACGCAUUAUCAUUACUUUUGAGACACGAUGGAAGUGCGCCACUAGAUCCUAUUCCAACCCCGCUGGGCAAUUACUGCCUGCUUCAUGGAUUGUUGCAGCGCAUCCAUAUCGUGAGAGAUUUAUCUCUCCCCAUCAUGGAUCACUCCGCAUCCUUGCCAGGUGAGGAGGUCAACAAACUGGAGCGUGGGCUUCGUUCCUGGACAUCGGGAUGGCAGCAGCAGACCGAAUCCAGCUUAGAUCCGAACAAUGAAAAUGGCCCUAUCCCUUUCACAUCUAGCUCUUUGCUCGCACUUGCAUACGUUCGCAUCUACUUGAAUCUCGGCCCCUACCGUCAGCUUGAAACGCGGGACCCAAGUCGUGUCGCGCGGGCACUGUACCGAUCACCUAGGGUCGACAGGAGUAACGGCGUCAUUUCCGCUCUUCUAUACGCUACCCAUGCUUUGAGCAUCCCAGUCAGACUUGGGGUGGACAGGGUAGCCCGCAGUCAAGCCUUCUUUUGGAGCGUCCGUCAUUCACUCUCCGGGCUGGAAUGUGCUGUUUUGUUGAGCAAGUGGCUCCAUUCUGUCUCGGAAUUUGUGGAUGAAGUCCCCCUAACUGACAGCGAGGACCGUAUACUGCACUGGGUGCGAUGCGUGGUCGAAGAAGCCUUCGCCGUGGUAGAUUUUGAAGAAGACGAGCCCAUCCCACAGAGUGAUCCCGCCAGCUUGAGCUUGGCAGUACUCAAGAUCUGGGCGCAUUUCUUCAAGAGCAAUACGCAGUGGCCGUUCAUCAACAUGAUAGGCCGGAGUCUGGAGGCAUAUCGCGAGAUGCUUGUUCGAGGCAAUACGCAACAGCAGGCUACUUGA